AUGGAACAAGAAACGCUUAGGUCCAGCGAAGAAAAACAAUGCGAGGAGCAUUUCGGUUCUACGUUUAGCAGAGAAGAAGACGGCCGCUUUGUAUUGCAUCUGCCGGUAAAGAAUUCCAUAGAGGAACUAGAAGAUUCUUAUAAGGGUGCGGAAAAACGCCUAAGAGCGUUAGAGCGAAGAUUGGAAAAACAACCAGUCUUAAAAGAACACUAUCAUGAAUUUUUAAAGGAAUAUAUACAAUUGGGUCAUAUGACCGAAAUACAAUCAAGCAAUAUUCACACUGAUGGAGCAUACUACAUUCCGCAUCAUGCUGCGAUAAAGGAAGAAAGUACCACGACAAAGACAAGAGUUGUCUUUGAUGCAUCGUUUAAAACAACAUCGGGGAAAUCACUUAAUGACCUACUCUUGGUAGGACCAAUUAUUCAAGAGAAUCCGAAAGCGUUUAUAAUUAAUUGA